AUGUUCGGGAUCAUUAUAUCUGUCCUGAAUAGCACUCAGUACCUUGGUGCAGAGGAGAAGUAUGUCACUUUCACUCUGCUCUCCUCUCCAGAGGAGUAUGGUGUAUCCUUCCACUGCUGGGCAGUUUGUGUUGCUGUAACACUGCUGAGUCUUUCUUGCAGCCUGUGUCAAGGAUUGAACUUUCCAAAUUAUGUAUUUCAGACCUUGAGAAAGAAAGGACUUAAUGGCUGUGACAGUCCAGACCCCGAUGCAGACGAUUCAGUAGGUCACAGCCCUGAGUCUGAGGACAAGUACAGAAAGAUUAAUGAAGAUAUUGAUCUAAUGAUCAGCAGGCAAAGAUUGUGUGCUGUUCCACCACCAAACUUUGAGAUGCCAGUUUCUAUCCCAGUGUCCAACCACAACAGUUUGGUGUACAGUAACCCAGUCAGCUCACUGGGAAAUCCCAACCUUUUGCCGCUGGCUCAUCCUUCUUUGCAAAGAAAUAGCAUGUCUCCUGGCGUGACACACCGGCCUCCGAGUGCAGGUAACACAGGUGGCCUGAUGGGUGGGGACCUCACUACCGGUGCAGGCACCAGUGCAGGAAAUGGAUAUGGCAACCCCCGUAACUCACCAGGUCUGCUGGUCUCACCUGGCAACUUGAACAAGAACAUGCAAGCAAAAUCUCCGCCUCCAAUGAAUUUGGGAAUGAACAACCGUAAACCAGAUCUCCGUGUGCUUAUUCCACCUGGCAGCAAGAAUACAAUGCCAUCAGUGUCUGAGGAUGUUGAUCUGCUUCUGAAUCAAAGGAUAAAUAACUCCCAGUCUGCUCAGUCAUUGGCUACUCCAGUGGUUUCCGUAGCAACUCCUACUCUACCAGGGCAAGGGAUGGGAGGAUACCCAUCAGCCAUCUCAACAACAUAUGGUACUGAAUAUUCUCUGAGUAGUGCAGAUAUAUCAUCUCUCUCUGGGUUUAAUACAGCCAGUGCUCUUCAUCUUGGUUCUGUGACUGGCUGGCAACAGCAACACCUGCAUAACAUGCCACCAUCUGCCCUCAGUCAACUGGGAGCUUGCACUAGCACUCAUUUAUCUCAGAGUACAAAUCUCUCCCUGCCUUCUACUCAAAGCCUCAACAUCAAGUCAGAACCUGUUUCUCCUCCUAGAGACCGUACCACCACACCCUCGAGAUACCCACAGCACACGCGCCAUGAGGCGGGGAGAUCUCCAGUUGACAGUUUGAGCAGCUGUAGCAGUUCCUACGAUGGAAGUGACCGAGAAGAUCACCGGAAUGAAUUCCACUCCCCCAUUGGACUCACCAGACCUUCGCCGGACGAAAGGGAAAGCCCCUCUGUCAAGCGCAUGCGGCUCUCUGAAGGAUGGGCGACAUGAUAACAUUAUUACCUAUUAGUGGUUUUUUUUUUCUUGCAGUGUGUGUGUGCUAUACCUUAAUGGGGGAGGGGGGGUCGAUAUGCAUUAUAUGUGCCGUGUGUGGAAAAAAAAAAAAAAGUCAGGUACUCUGUUUUGUAUAAGUACUUUUAAAUUGCCUCAGUGAUACAGUGUAAGGAUAAACAGAAAUGCUGAGAUAAGCUUAGCACUUGAGUUGUACAACAGAACACUUGUACAAAGUAGAUUUUAAGGCUAACUUCUUUUCACUGUUGUGCUCCCUUGCAAAAUGUAUGUUACAAUAGAUAGUGUCAUGUUGCAGGUUCAACGUUAUUUACAUGUAAAUAGACAGAAGGAAAACAUUUGCCGGAAAUGGCAGAUCUUUACUGAGAGAGAAAGCAGCUGUUAUGCAUCAUAUAGAAAAUGUACAGAUGUUUUGACAGACCCAGCGGUUGGGUGGCUAUGAAUUGAUGGUAGAAAGAGACUGGGUCACCUAACAUACCGAAAAUGCUCACAAACAUGCAGGCUUAUCAUUAGAGUAUGGCACUCGGCUAAAAAGGAUCAAAACAUUUAAAGAGGACCAUACUUGUAAAAAUGUUGAGUUCGAAGGCUAACAUUUAAUUUCAAAAAUUCUGGGUCUGCAUCACUUACUAAAAAAAAAAAAAAAAAAUGUACAUUACAUUUUGCUUAUUUUCAUAUUAAAAAGUAAGACAGAGUUUGCAAAGCAUUUGUGGCUUUUGUAGUUUCCUCAAGCCAAAAUGUGUUCUUUUUUCCUUGAUAGCUUCGCUAAUCUUUUAAACAGUCCUGAAGAAACAAACAAAAAAGGACUUUUUGUAUAGAAAGCACUACCCUAAGCCAUGAAGAACUCCAUGCUUUGCUAACCAAGAUAACUGUUUUCUCUUUGCAGAAGUUUUGUUUUUGAAAUGUGUAUUUCUAAUUAUAUAAAAUAUUAAGAAUCUUUUAAAAAAAUCUGUGAAAUUAACAUGCUUGUGUAUAGCUUUCUAAUAUAUAUAAUAAUUAUGGUAAUAGCAAAAGUUUUUGUUAUCUUAAUAGUGGGGAAUUAUAUUUGUGCAGUUGCACAUUUAACUAUUUUCUUUCAUUUUUCUUAUACUGGGUAUACAUUUUGCAGAUCGAAGUCAGCUGUUGAAAGACUGAUCUGUAAAGAGUUAGAAUUUACCCAUGGUGUAACAGCUUAAGUCGUUUUAAUACAGCAUUU